GCUCAGCCCGGACGCGCCGCGCGCGGCCCCACGUUUUAGUUCCUUUCUCCCCCGCGCGCCCCUCUGCACCCUCGCGACGCACAUGGUCCCCGAGAAGAACACUUCUAUUUCCAGCCUCCGCGGCUCUCCCGGCCACAGCGCCCUUUGUUGAGAGGAUCUUUCAUCAAGCAGAAAUGCAUCGAACAACCAGAAUCAAGAUCACUGAGCUAAAUCCCCACCUAAUGUGUGUGCUUUGUGGAGGGUACUUCAUUGAUGCCACAACCAUAAUAGAAUGUCUACAUUCCUUCUGUAAAACGUGUAUUGUACGUUACCUGGAGACCAGCAAGUAUUGUCCUAUCUGUGAUGUCCAAGUUCACAAAACCAGACCACUGCUGAAUAUAAGGUCCGAUAAAACACUUCAAGACAUUGUAUACAAAUUAGUUCCAGGGCUUUUCAAAAAUGAAAUGAAGAGAAGAAGGGAUUUUUAUGCAGCUCAUCCUUCAGCUGAUGCUGCCAAUGGCUCUAAUGAAGAUAGAGGAGAAGUUGCAGAUGAAGAUAAGAGAAUUAUAACUGAUGAUGAGAUUAUAAGCUUAUCUAUUGAAUUCUUUGACCAGAAUAGAUUGGAUCGCAAAGUAAACAAAGACAAAGAGAAGUCUAAGGAGGAGGUGAAUGAUAAAAGAUAUUUACGAUGCCCAGCAGCAAUGACUGUGAUGCACUUAAGAAAGUUUCUCAGAAGUAAAAUGGACAUACCUAAUACUUUCCAGAUUGAUGUUAUGUAUGAAGAGGAACCUUUGAAAGAUUACUAUACACUAAUGGAUAUUGCCUACAUUUAUACCUGGAGAAGGAAUGGKCCACUUCCUUUGAAAUAUAGAGUUCGACCUACUUGUAAAAGAAUGAAGAUCAGUCACCAGAGGGAUGGACUGACAAAUGCUGGAGAACUGGAAAGUGACUCUGGGAGUGACAAGGCCAACAGCCCAGCAGGAGGUAUUCCCUCCACCUCUUCUUGUUUGCCUAGCCCCAGUACUCCAGUGCAGUCUCCUCAUCCACAGUUUCCUCACAUUUCCAGUACUAUGAAUGGAACCAGCAACAGCCCCAGCGGUAACCACCAAUCUUCCUUUGCCAAUAGACCUCGAAAAUCAUCUGUAAAUGGGUCGUCAGCAACUUCAUCUGGUUGAUUCCUGAGACUAUUAAGGAAAAAAAUUUAAACCCCUGAUUUAUAUAGAUAUCUUCAUGCCAUUACAGCUUUAUAGAUGCUAAUACAUGUGACUAUCGUCCAAUUUGCUUUCUUUUGUAGUGACAUUAAAUUUGACUAUAAAAGAUGGACUAGCUGUGAUAUUCAUAUGGACGUUAAUUGAAAAGAAAGAUUGUUCCUAUAAAGAAUUGGAUUCUGAGAAGGCAGGCAAGGUUUUUGUUUUUUGUUUUGUUUUGUUUCCUGUGUGUUAGGAAAGAUGUGAAAUGGUUUCUGUAACCAUUGUUUGGGUUUGGAAAUACUCUGCAGUGGAUAGAAGCAUUGGGCCAUAGUUUGUUAAUCUCAAUUAACACCUACAUUACAUUCUCCUUGAUUGUUCUUGUUAUUAUGCUGUUUUGUGAACCUGUAGAAAACAAGUGCUUUUUAUCUUGAAAUUCAACAAACAGAAAGAAUAAGCAUAGAAUAAUGCAUUCUAUGUAGCCAUGUCACUGUGAAUAACAAUUUCUUGCAUAUUUAGCCAUUUUGAUUCCUGUUUGAUUUUUACUUCUCUGUUGCUACGCAAAACGCAAAACCGAUCAAAGGAAAGUAAACUUCAGUUUUACAAUCUGUAUGCCUAAAAGCGGGUACUACCCUUUAUUUUACUGACUUGUUUAAAUGAUUCGCUUUUGUAAGAAUCAGAUGGCAUUAUGCUUGUUGUACAAUGCCAUAUUGGUAUAUGACAUAACAGGAAACAGUAUUGUAUGAUAUAUUUAUAAAUACUAUAAAGAAAAUAUUGUGUUUCAUGCAUUCAGAAAUGGUUGUUAAAAUUCUGCCAGCUGGUUCGACCUUUGCAGAUUCCCAUGCCCUAUGUUGAGCCUUGCUUUUAUCAGCAUAAAUUAUUUCCAACAUGGAUAUCUAAUUCUAAAUUCUGUUCAUUGGAAGCAAUUGGCAAGUCAUCAUGAUACUGACUUUCCUCCAAUAAUCAUGUUUGCUUUGAAAAUUAUUGUUUAGUUAAGAAAAGCUUUAAAGAAUAUGAAAAUAGUGUUUUAACUUUCCAUUGGUUAUAGUGGAAUUAAUGUGUUUUUAAAAUGCAUAUUUGUCACUAAUUCUAAAACAAAUUUUUUAAAUAAACCAGCUAAUUGCUGGAAGAAGGCAUUUUAUCUAAAGUUAUUUUAAUAUGUGAUAUAAGAAUAAUUUCAAACUUAAGUAUUGCUUUAACAACAAUUAACAAUGGAAUAUGCCUUCUCUGUAAUGUCUGGAAAUACAAGCAAUUUAUUAUGAACUUCUACAGAUAUUUUUUAAAUAGAGCAAGCAUGUUAAAUUUAAAACAUAAACAACCCAACACUUUUCAGUUUAUGUUUUGCUUUGGUCGAACUUGGUGUUUGUUCAUCACCCAUCAGUUAUUUGUGAGGGUGUUUAUUCUAUAUGAAUAUUGUUUCAUGUUUGUAUGGAAAAUUGUAGCUAAACAUUUCAUUGUCCUCAGUCUGCAAAAGAAGCACAAUUCUAUUGCUUUUUCUUGCUUAUAGUCAUUAAAUCAUUACUUUUACAUAUAUUGCUGUUACUUCUACUUUCUUUAAAGAUUCAGUAAAUGAUGUUUUAUGAAGCUACAAAAUACAUAUAUUUUUAUUUUGACCUAAAUUUGUACAGUCCCAUAGUAAGUGUUGUUUCUAAUUAUAGAUGUAAAAUGAAAUUUCAUUUGUAAUUGGGAAAAGUCCAAUAAAAAAGAUAUUCAUUUAGAAAAUAGCUAAGAUCUUUAAUAAAAAUUUGAUAUGAAAAGCACAAUGUGCAGAAGUUUUGGAAACCCUGUAGUGGAUUACCAACAGGUAAAAGUUAAAGAGAAUACAUUGCUGUCUUAUAGUGAUGUUGGUAAGAAGUACACGCUUUGUUGUAUAUUGCUUGAGAACCCACUGAAAGAUGUAUCUGUUUAUUUACUAUAAAAUCUUUGAAGUAAAAGUUACCAAUGUUUGCCAAUUUUGGUGAAUUUAACUCAUUUUUCUAGGCUUCUAUAUUUUUCAUGUUAUCUAUGACAAAGAAAAGUUAGUUGAUGCAAGUUUCAAGUACUGUUUUUUACUUUAGAUGAUCAUGUGUAUAAAGAAUGAAAAGAUAUUUUUCAAAACCUAAAAACUGUAAAUGCUGGUGGACUUGUCAUUUGACUUACACAAAACCAAGUUUUGAAAUCACAGAACUCAAAAGACUUGACAUCUAUCUCAACCUCUUUAUGAUGGACUUAUUUUUGAAAUUAUUAAAAUAUCAGAUGCAUUUAUGGCUUCCUUAGCACUAUUUCACCAUACUUGUGACUUAUUCCCUUUAUUUUAUUUGGAAGCGGAUAUUUGUCCCUACUCAAUUUGAAA